GAGUCUUUGGUCAGCGUCUGGAGGAGACGGUGCUGUACGAGCGACGUUACGGGGUGCGCUUGGUUCCUCUGGUGGUGGAGCAGUGCGUGAACUUCAUCCGGGAGUGCGGGCUGCACGAAGUGUGCUUGUUUCGCCAGCCGGGACAGGCCAGUCUGGUCAAAGAGCUGCAGGAGGCCUUUGAUGCAGGAGAGAGGCCGUCCUUUGACAGUAGCACAGACGUCCACACGGUGGCGUCACUGCUGAAGCUCUACCUCAGACAGCUGCCGGAGCCUCUGGUUCCUUACAGACGCUACCAGGACUUCCUGCUCUGUGGUCAGAAGCUGUCGAGUGAUCGCACACUGGUUUUGGCAGAAUUGAGGAAUCUUCUUCACGAGUUGCCAGUUGCAAACUUCAACCUACUCAACUUUAUCUGCCAGUUUUUAAAUGAGGUCCAGAGUUACUCCAGCAGUAACAAGAUGAGCGGACAGAACUUGGCCACUGUAUUCGGACCAAACAUCCUCCGAGCCAAAGCUGAAGACCCGCAAAGCCUCGUGGGAGGUGCAGCGCUGGUCCAGGUGCUGAUGCUGGAGCUGAUCAGAGAGCACGAGUCUCUGUUUGCCAAAAUCCCCCCGACGCUCUCUGCCCGUCCACCGCGAGGUUUGCAUCAUUCACCGAGAGCUCUGAGGCAGCCUCAUCUCCACCCGUCGCCCUGCCUCCGCCAGCUGUCGAUGCCUCUCAUCAUGGAGCGCUCCAGAGAGCUGGGGCAGCCCGCCGCAGACCAACAGAACCCCAGCUAUGUCUUCUCUGCCGCUGCCAAAUCCGACUUGUCCUCCGGUCAGAAGAGAUUUCUCGGCCAUCGGUACACCUCCUCCCACCCAGAAAACUGCUUCUACCCCCUGCCCUCCUCCAGACAGCCCCUUCAGCACCACUCUAACCUACACAACAUAGAUUAUCACCAGCGCCAUGCUGGGCAAGGACCAUCCACUGCAAAUGUUCAAGCCUCUACAAACAGCCUACAAGACCCACCACCAGACAGCUCCAAGCCCAGACCGACUCCCAUGAGCUGGGCAAAGGCCUGGCCUGGCACAGGAGAGGCAGGCACUGGUUUCUGGAGCUCUGGUGCCGCAGAGGAAGAUGGUGCGGCGCCAGGAACUGCCAGCGGGGGAAGCAGUGAGGCUCAAGAGGACAGCAACCUUUCUGCCUACGACAACCUGGACAGAGUGUCUCUACGUCACAGGAUGGAGGAUGGCGAGAAUUUUGAAAGCAACGAUCCAGGAGGCCAUAUCGGACCUUUUGGAGAGCAGGAGGAGCUGGAGGAGGCCGGGCAUACAAGGGACUCCUUGUCUUCAUGGUCUUCCUGUGAGGUUCUACCAUUGGACGAGGGCGGUGAGGCUUUGGCCACGGUUAGUCCUGACGUAUCACUAAAGACACUGAUAACUUCAAGUCAGGUGGCAGAAGAAGAAAACAGCGAUAAUGACGAUCACGAAGAUGGCAACGACAAUGAUGAUAACGAUGAAGACAAUUAUGACGGUGCUGAUGACGACAUCCACCACCCUAACUCCCCAGCAUCCUGUUCCGCGCCCAGUGACAGCCCUCUCAGUACGGGCAGCUCAGAGGUGUUCCUCCCCUCCGUACCCCCAGACCUCCAGGGGCCCGAGCCAGAGUCACAGCCCGGGGACGCUCACUCACUCCUGGCCAAGCUGCGGCAUCAGAUGGCCCGGCAUAAGGCCGAGUACCAGACCAGGAUACAGAGGUUGGAGCGCUGCAACGACGUCCUGGAGCGGCAGGUUGCGGUACUGCGGGUCAGUCUGGAGCGGCAGAAGUGCAGCCGAAGCGUCGCUGAGAUCAAGAUCCGCAACAUGGAGCUGGCCAAAGAGGACGCCGACCUCCGAAACGACACGCUGCAGAGGGAGAUGGAGCUCUUCUUCCAGAUGUAUGGAGAGGCCAAGAGAAGAGGAGGGAAUGAAGGAGGAAGAGGAGGAGGGAGUCUCUGAAGACGGAUGGAAAGAUUCUUUCGAAAUGUGUGGAUCGGUCGGAUAACAGUGUGAAAGAGGAUGAUUGGAAAUCGAUCAUUAAGGCAGAUCGUGGAGGCAUCAAACCCAGAAGGAAAAGACUAAGUGAGGGUAAGGAAUUAAAGGAGUUGUUGUCCGAUCCAGAAGACAGUCUGAAGAAAUAAGACAGUUGUUUGUCAUUUCAAUCAGGUAGCCUCAGGCCGAAGAGGUUCAGUUCACGGGUUUUUCAGAUGGUUUGAAUUUGAAGAGCCGGUGUGGACGUAUGUCGGAUUAGUUUGCUGGAGCAACUGAUGGACCCUCUGAGUGUCUUCUUGCAAGUUGAGGUAUUAUUCAACAUAAACCGUAACCUUUGAGAAA